CUCGCCUCCAUCGAUCAAUCAACAAUCAACAACCAACAGCCACACAAAAGAAAAGAGAACGAAAGAGGGUGGAGAAAAUGGCCACCAAAUCCGCCCACAAACGUCUCACGCGUGAAUACCAAAACCUCCAGAAAUCGCCUCCCCAAUUCAUCACCGCCCGCCCCUCCGAGUCCAACAUCCUCGAAUGGCACUACAUCCUCACCGGCCCACCAGACACUCCCUAUCACGACGGUCAAUACUGGGGAACUCUCACCUUUCCCGCCGAAUACCCCUUCGCUCCACCCGCAAUCCGCAUGCACACUCCAUCCGGCCGCUUCAAAUGCAGCGAGAGAUUAUGUCUGUCGAUUAGCGAUUUCCAUCCCAAAUCUUUCAACCCCGCGUGGGAGGUUAGUACGAUUUUGUUGGGGGUGUUGAGUUUCAUGACGAGUGAGGAGAUGACUACGGGUAGCAUACGCGGGACUGAGGCGGAGAGGAGGGCGUUGGCGGUUCAGACUCGGUGGUGGAAUUCUACUGGUGGGGGGUCGACGAUGAGGACUUUGAAGGGCAGAGAUUUCGCCGCCGCCGCCGCCGCCGCUGCUAGGCAGCAAAGGACAACGGGAUUUGGCGCUAUCAAGGCGGGUGAUGGGGGAAGGAGAUUCAGGGAGAUGUGGCCGGAGAUCGAUGAGGAGAAUUGGAUGUGGAUGGAGAAGGAAGGAAUUGAUCCGCAGUCAGGGAAGAGGAUUUUUGUUGGUGGAGAAGAGGCUGCUGCUGCUGCGGUAGAUGGAGUGGAAACCGGGCAGAGGCAAGCGGCUGCGUCAGCUGCGCAGAGUGCUCAAAAAGCGCCGCGGGAAGCAAAGGGUUGGUAUGCGAGGAAUAUGUAUUGGAUCAUUGGGGGAGUACUCUUUGCCUAUGUGAUGGCUGCGAGGUUGCUGAAGGAUCAGCAAGAGUACUAGACCCACGGAUGAAUGACUUGAUUAUGGGUUUCAUUAGCGAGGCGUACAGGACAGCGUGCGUUGCUUGCAUUUAAUCGGGAAGACUGUGACUCUUGACGGCAAGGGAAUGAAGCCUAGGCAGAGUCAAAGCCUCCGUAAUGUGAUCAUAGGUAAUCAAGAGAUGAAUGGCAAG